AUGAAACCUCUGCUUGGAACCUUUUACCUGUUGGGCAUGCUGGUUCCUGGUUGGCUGGGAUACGAUAGAUCCCUCACACAACAGAGACAAGAAGGUGUGGAUAAAGUAGCGAGUCCAUGGAGGAUCCUGGAGACAUAUUCUUAUAACAGAUACCACCCCAUGGGGGAGAUCUACCAGUGGAUGAGUGAGAUAAGGGAGAAGUACACCGAAGUGGUGACACAGCAUUUCCUAGGAAUGACCUAUGAGAGCCGGCCCAUGUAUUAUUUGAAGAUCAGCCAACCAUCCAAUAACCCCAAGAAGAUUAUUUGGAUGGACUGUGGAAUUCAUGCCAGGGAAUGGAUUGCCCCUGCUUUCUGCCAGUGGUUUGUGAAAGAAAUUCUACAGAACUAUAAAGACAACCAAAGGAUAAGAAGGCUCCUUAAAAACCUGGACUUCUGUGUGCUUCCAGUUCUUAACAUAGAUGGUUAUAUCUACACUUGGACGACUGAUCGGCUUUGGAGGAAGUCCCGUUCAUCCCAUAAUAACGGCACGUGUUUUGGAACAGAUCUCAAUCGAAACUUUGAUGCAUCCUGGUGCAGUAUUGGUGCAACUACCGACUGUGAAAGUUUAACAUUUUGUGGAACAGGACCUGCGUCUGAACCAGAGACGAAAGCUGUUUCCAGCUUUAUCGAGAGCAAGAAGGAGAACAUUGCCUGCUUCCUGACCAUGCACUCUUAUGGACAGCUCAUUCUCGUGCCUUAUGGCUAUACCAAAAAUAAAUCAAAUAACCAUGAAGAACUGAUCCAAGUUGGACAGAAGGCAGCAAAUGCAUUGAAAGCAAAGCAUGGAACCAAUUAUAGAGUUGGAUCUAGUGCAGAUAUUUUAUAUGCUACGUCAGGAUCCUCAAGAGACUGGGCUCGGGACAUUGGGAUCCCCUUUUCAUACACAUUUGAACUGAGGGACAAUGGUACCUAUGGAUUUGUCCUGCCAGAAACUCAGAUUCAGGCCACCUGUGAGGAAACCAUGGAGGCUGUGCUUUCAGUCCUGGAUGAUGUAUAUGAGAAAUACUGGUAUACAAACAGUGCCAGAAAGGCAAACUCUACUGCUCUGGUGCUGAGCUUGCUGAUGGCCUUCAUGUCUCUUCUCUGA